AUGAAGGACCGGGAGACCGGCCGCAGCCGUGGCUUCGGCUUCGUCACCUACGGCAACCAGGCCGAGGCUGAGGCUGCCAUCAACGCCAUGAACGAGCAGGAGCUCGACGGCCGUCGCGUCCGCGUCAACAUGGCCAACUCCAAGCCCGCUGGUGGUGGCUACGGCGGUGGUUACGGCUCCGGCUGUUACCAGCAGGGUGGCUACCAGCAGGGCGGCUUCGGCGGCCAGCAGGGUGGCUUCCAGGGCGGCUUCAACGGCCAGGGCGGCUACGGCGGCCCCGGUGGCUACGGUGGCCAGCAGGGAGGAUUCGGUGGCUGCUACGGCGGUGCUCCCCCUCAACAGGGCGGCUACCAGGGUGGCAACUUCGGUGCUGGUGCCCAGCAGGGCGGCCAGGGUGGCUUCGGUGGACCCGGCCAGGGCUACUAA